CGACACGCUGGCUUCGGUUGACACAUCGGCGGGAAGGGCUCAAUUGAGGCAAGAGCCAUUGUUUAGUGCUCUAAGACCUAAUACAUCAUUUUACACCUCCACGCCACAGCAGCCGCAGCCGCAGCCGCACUAGCCAAGGCAGCCACCAGGGGAUUCACCGGCGAGAAAGUUCCGAUUGCCGUCAUUAGCAGCGGAAUAGUAGCUGGAUGAAAAUUUGUGUACUACUCGUUUGGAUCUCUGGCUAUUUUUUUAUUGCGUUGAAAUUGAGGAUGGGAGAGCUUAGGGUUGACAAACAUGUUAAAUACAUUCUGUCUGUUGAAAAGAAAAAGGAUGACUUUGAGUCUGUUGUGAUGGAGCACCUAAGACUAAAUGGUGCAUACUGGGGAUUGACAACUCUUGAUAUCCUAGGAAAGCUUGAUGUAGUGGAUAGAGAUGAAGUUAUUCCAUGGAUCAUGCAGUGCCAAGAUGAAUCUGGUGGGUUUGGUGGCAAUAUUGGACAUGAUCCCCAUAUCUUGUAUACACUCAGUGCUAUUCAGGUUUUGGCACUUUUUGACAAGAUAGAUGUUCUCAAUGUCGAGAAGGUCGCAAAUUAUAUUGCCAGCCUACAAAAUGAAGAUGGAUCUUUCUCCGGUGACAUUUGGGGUGAGGUUGAUACAAGGUUUUCUUAUAUUGCUAUAUCUUCUCUUGCAUUAUUACGUCGCUUGGACAAAAUAAAUGUUGAGAAAGCUGUACAAUACAUUGUAAGCUGCAAGAAUUUGGAUGGUGGAUUUGGUUGUACACCUGGAGCAGAAUCCCAUGCAGGACAAAUUUUUUGUUGUGUGGGAGCUCUUGCAAUCACCGGUUCACUCCAUCACGUUGACAAGGACCUCCUCGGGUGGUGGUUGUGCGAACGACAAGUCAAAUCAGGAGGUCUUAACGGGCGCCCGGAGAAGCUUCCUGAUGUCUGCUACUCGUGGUGGGUUCUUUCCAGCUUAAUCAUGAUCGACCGGGUUCACUGGAUCAAUAAGGAAAAACUUGUCAAGUUCAUCUUGGAUUGCCAGGAUUUGGAGAAAGGAGGAAUCUCGGACAGGCCAGAUGAUGCAGUUGAUGUCUUCCACACCUAUUUUGGCGUAGCCGGUCUCUCACUUCUCGAAUAUCCUGGAUUGAAAGCUAUUGAUCCAGCUUAUGCGCUGCCCGUCGAUGUGGUGAAUAGGAUUUUCCUUGACAGGUGAAAUUUUAGCUGCAGCUUAUGAAUUUGAUUUAUAUUUUCUAUGAUAUUUAAAUUUGCUAAAAGUUUCAGUAGAAAUUGAUGGUAUUUUGUGUUUGUCUUGGUGGGAUUUUGGGUAUAUGAUUAUUGUUCACCAGAAAGAUUAUUAUUGAAUGCACAAAUCCAAAACUUGAUUCAA